UUGUCACGGCCGGAGUAAUAUCUUAAUUGAUUAAACUAUUUAUUCAAACUUCCUUAUCCACCGAAGGUGUAUAUAGUGAUAGAAUAUCUUAACGCUCUGUUAUAGAAGUUAAAUGUGUUUAAAAACAUGUAGACCUGUUUAGAAGUUAAAAUUACUUCCUAGUGUGAGGUUUUGAUUUUUCAUAGCUCAGUGUUCGGGUACCUUUGUUUAAACUAUUCGCGUUUGUAAAUUGUGUAAAACAUAGUUUAAGUACUAUCACGACAGCGGAUUUAACACUUGAAAUGGAGACAGGAAAAGCGAAAGUUGAGUUAGUGAAUAAAUAUAGAACUUUGGCUAAGGCUGCUCGAGGAAAAGGAGUUAGUUUGACAGAUAUUAGAAAUGUGCUUAUAAAACCUACUCGAAAGAAACGGUGGUUAUCAAAGCGUGGUGCAUUUUCCCUGGUGUUUAUAAUCGGGAUCAUAAGCUCUGUCGCAGCUUACUACUUCAAAGAUGCCAUAAACGAAACAUUUGAGAUAGAAUCUAUCCGCUGUCUGAUUGAAAAUAAUGAACUGACAAUAGAAAUGGCCAGACCAUUAAUCAAAUGUGACAUAUGCAGGAAUCUAGACAGCGUGCCCGUCGAAUAUGGCAUUUCCGCUCAAGAAUUCAAACAGAAGUACGCCUACAGCACAGUUCCGGUUUUAAUCAAAGAAGCGACAAGUAAUUGGUCUGCUAUGUCAAAGUUUAGUUACAAGUUCUUUAAAGACUUGUAUACGGAGAAAGAAGGAGCUCUGGAUUCUGUUGAUGAACAAUGCCAGUUUUUCCCGUACAAAACGGACUUCUCCACCUUAAAUGACGUGUUCAAUAUGUCAGAUGCACGUGCAAAUUUUUCGGAGGGCGAGGCACCUUGGUAUAUAGGAUGGAGUAACUGUCACAAUGAGGUGAAGAAUGAGCUGCGGAACCAUUACGAGCGGCCCUACUUCCUACCCAACGACUCGGAGUCUAGCGCCCUGGACUGGAUAUUUAUGGGAGGCUCAGGACCGGGAGCACUGAUACAUUUGGACUAUGUACAGAGACCCUCUUGGCAGGCCCAAAUCUCCGGAAAGAAAACAUGGACGCUAAUACCGCCUCCCGAGUGUGAGAAAGAAUGCAAAGAUCUAAAUGUGACUGUACAUAAAGGAGAUAUUUUUGUAAUAGACACCAACAUAUGGUACCAUUCGACGUUCAUCCAUCCUGGAGAUAUCAGCAUUACAAUCGGGUCGGAAUACGACUGAAGAAAAAAAAUCAAAAAAAAAAAGACACAUAACCCCGAGAAGUCUCAAAGCGUAUUUAUAUUACUAAAAUCUGGAUACUGGGUGUUUAUCUUAACUAAGACUGUGAUAACAAUAAAAGCUUUCCAUAACUUAUAUGUGAUAUGUGUGCAUCGUUAAGAUGAAAACAAAUGUCCAUUUAAUUCCACAUGAUUUUUUCUCUUUAAUUCUAAUCUAAUUGUACAUAUAUCAUUUUGGCAAAGGAUUUCCUUAUAUUUCAUUUGUUCAUAGUGUUGUCAUCUUCAUAUUUUUCAAUAUUUUUGGUUGCCGUCGUGGAAGACUUGUGCGCAAUGUGUUUUCUGUCCUCCUGUGAUUAACUGAUGUAAUAACGAGACACGUCCGGUAAGCUCAGUUCCCACAGUAUAUCCCGUGAUGAUUGGAAGAGGAUUGUAGGCCCUACGCAUGAAAUCAUUGCUUUUCUGUCAUGGAAAAUGUCAAUUUCUUGCGGAGAAUAGUUAGUAUUUCUACAUAAAUGAUCACGUAGGAGUGGCAAAAUAGUGUAGAAAAAUGGCAAAUACGUUUACAUCUUUUGCUUCGCGUCCUUUGAGUGUAUAAUCAGAUACUUUUCUUGUAUUCUAGCACGUUCAACUCUUAAGGGAAACGUAAUAUUCCGGAAAUAUGUCAUAAUGAUUUAUUAAUGUAUUAUGGAGCAUUUACUGAGAAAUAUAACCAGAUCUUUGUUAUUUUUUGUUUAGUGUCUUCAUGUGCGUAGCGUGGCAUACUCAGUUACUCGGCUAAGUAACAUUUAAAAAAGGCUAAAACCUCCGUAGAAGCAAUAUAAAACUGAUCAGGAGUGGGUAUGGAUGUAGGGACAAUGUCAUAGCAUAUGAGUAUGUUGUUGUCUUGGUCCUUGACUAAUAAUUUUUGUGACGGCAGAUUGCUGUUGCUCUUUUAUCAAAAUUUCGAUCAAAAUUUAUAAAUUUUGUUGUAUUUUCUUGCUCCACUUGCACUUGUUAUUGUAAAUACAUAUUUAAAUCUAAAUACAUUGAAAAUUCUAAAUAUAUAUAUGAUUUCAGAUGCAUAUAUACUAUAGCUGGUAUUGACCAUAAGAACGAUCUUCCUAAUGGCAGUUGUCCAUCACUAGUAAAAUUUGGAAGGAUAAGCAACCGUGUCUGUAACAACUAUCAAUUCCCAAGCAUUAUUUCCUAAACAAAAAUAAGUUAUCUAUCCCAUAAAGAGAAUCAACGAGAGCAAAUAGAACAGAUUCAUAAAUUAACAUUUCGACUUUGUUAUCCUCAUUGCCAUAGUAUAACACUCAAUUUCAGUCAUAUAAACUAUCCAUUCAUUAAUUUCUACUUGGAAAACAUACCGUUAUGACUAUAUAUUUCCGGGUCAUUAUACUGCAAAGCACCUACUCAACCCUACAUCACUCCGUCGAGGGAGGGGGUAGUAUAAAGAAACCAAAUUUCAAUUUCAGUCACCUUCUUCUUAUGCCCUUACAUUCAUCUCCCAAAAUUUAUUGCAGAAAAAAUACAUCAAUCAAAAUUAUUUAACCCACGAAAUAAGUAUACAUUCUACACCUUAAUACGUUUUGAAAUACGGUAAUACCUUGAUUUCUUUAAAAUAAAAAAGUGGAAAACCACAGGUCGCCCAACACGACAUAAACGAAAAUGUUGCAGGUUCGGUUUGAUUGACGGUAGUGGAAGUGCAAGCCCUCUAGCCCCAAGUUGAGCAGAACUAAACAUUUACACGUGUUAUUACGAUAUACAUAUGUGCAUAUUGCCUUUUGUUUGAAUAAACUAUCUAUCUGUC